AUGCAUAUUAAUAAGAACACCGGGCGGUAUUGCUUCCAGUCCAAGCUAACUGAUGAAAAGAAAAUGGCAAUUUUUUGCAGAAACACUGUUCUUAGAUUCUUCGUUUUCUUUGGCCUUUUAUCACAUCAGUUUUGUGCUGCAAAUUUUAUUAGUUCACCAUCUGAUCACUAUAGCGCUGAGGAAAUUGGAGUUGGAGUUAUAGUUGAUAUGGGAUCAUGGGUUGGGAAGACUAUUCAUGCCUGCAUUUCUAUGUCCAUUUCUGAUUUUUACGAGUUGAACGGUCACUAUAGAACAAGAAUAAUCUUGGAUGCAAGAGACUCUCGAGGAAAACCACUUCGUGCUCUAUCGGCAGGUCAGGUCUUAAAAAUUGAAAACUCGCGCUACUAG